CCUGCUGUGUACUGAAAUCGAGCCCCAGGUAAGUCGAUUCUGAGGGUUCGCUCAUCUUUCGACGGAAGUUGUGUAUACUUGAAAAUACAUGCUGAUGGAUGAAAUUAAAAUAGAAGAAGCCGAGGAUGAAUUCGUGCAGCAUCCGGAGCAAGUGCCCAAGAGUAAGAGAAGAAAACAAUCACUGACAUCUUCAAAAACCUCAACAGUUUUCACGAAUAAGCCAUUAUUCGGCAAAAAGAAAAAGAAGCAGAGCUAUAAUGCAAAGGAAGAAGCCAGAUUAGAGAAACUGGUCUUUGGUGAUCCCAGCGACGUUCUGAAUAAUUUAAAAGGCGAUUACUUAGACUCCGAAUCUACCGAGAAUGACAGUGAUGCCGACAAUAAAGAGUCAGAAGUUGAAAUCCUCGCGAAAAUUUCCAGCGUUGAUGGCAUUGUCAGUGAAAAUGACAGUGACAACGACGAUGAUAAAGAUGAUGAUAGUGGUGAUGAUUAUAAAGAUGGUGAGAGUGACGAAAAUGAUGACGAUGAUGAUGAUGAUAAAUCGGUAGCAUCUAUUAAAUCUGAAAAGGAAUCCAUCAUCGAUAAAGAUGAAAAAGUUUUCUCAAAAGCUGUUGCCUGGGUAGAUGAUGAUGAUGAAGUAUCUGUUCAAGAUGCUUUGAAGUCGCAAAAACGAAAAUUACCUCUGGGAAGACCAGAAAAAACAUACAGUGAUUUAUUACAUGGCAAAUAUGCUCGUUUAAUGGGAACACCAAAAUGGGCAAAAUUAAAUAAAGAAAAAGAGAAAGGAUCCGACGAUUCCGAUGACGAAGUUUUAAAACACAGUAAUCACAUAGUGCCAAAAAACAUUAAAUCUUUACCAAAAGAUAAAAUAGAUCUAAAAGUUCUCUCCAACAUAAAUAAUCAAACUCGAAUCGAAGGCGCAUACGUCAAUUGCGUGCAAUUUCAUCAACAGUCUACAGUUGCACUAGUCGGAGGAUCCUCUGGUGUACUUUCUCUGUUUCAGAUUGAUGGGCGAGAAAAUAAUAAAUUGCACAGCAUUCAAUUCGAAAGAUUUCCAAUUUACUGUGCCAGGUUUCUUAAGAACGGUACGGAAGUUUUAGUUGGAUCUAAUGCUUCCAAGAAAUCGAAUUUCUUCAAGUCUCACUGUUAUUCUUAUGAUUUGAUGAGCGGCACAACACUUAGGAUUCCUUUACCCCACGGCAUGAUGAAAAUGGAGAAAUUCGAGUUGUCGCCUGAUGGCAAAAUUAUAGCUGUUGUCGGAAAGUCUGGAGAAAUACAUUUACUAACUAGCAGCACUAAAGAGAUGAUUGGUACAUUGCAAAUGAACAAGUCCUGUACGUCACUUGCCUUUACACCAGAUAGCACCAAACUUUUAACGUAUGGAGAAAGUGCAGAAAUGUAUGUGUGGGACUUAAAAUCACGAACGUGUUUAAAUAGAGCUUACGACGAAGGUGCUGUAAGCGGCAGUUCGCUAGCGAUAUCGCCUGAUGGCCAGUUUCUGGCAUCAGGUAGCAAACAAGGUGUAGUUAACGUCUAUGAAUCAAAACACGUACUUGAUCAAAGAACCCCAGUACCUGUUAAAAGAAUUUUAAAUCUCACGACAAUUAUUACAAGAUUGAAAUUCAAUCCUACCAGUGAGAUUCUUGCCAUGGCCUCCGAGCAGAAGGUCAACGCUUUCAGAAUGCUCCAUCUUCCCUCAUUUCAGGUAUUCUCCAACUUUCCGACGAAUAAUACGAGAAUGUUUAAUCCAAUUGACAUCGAUUUUUCACCAGCAAGUGGUUACAUGGCUCUUUCGAAUAAUCGCAAAUUUGCUUAUUUGUACAGGCUCAAACAUUACGGAAAUUAUUAAAUAAUAAAGACUGUUCUCGUUGACUUUUCUUAACAG